GACUUUUGGUUCAGUUUUAGUGGUUUCAGUCGUUUAGUCAUCAAAUUUUGUUAAAUGCAUAUUUAUUUUGUAAUUUUUUAAAGUGAAUUAUUUAAUUUCACAAUUUUUUAAAUUUAAUAUCAACAUUGAUUUCAUUCAUAACUCAUCUUUAAUUGUUAAUUUUGUUAAAAAGUUAGUGUCGGGGAAAUACUAGAAAUUUAAGGCGCCGUUGAAUAUUUGUUGCAUGUCAUUACACAAAAAUACAGGAGACGGUUCAGGACUGUUAAACGAUGACGACACGAUUAUUUCGCGCGCAUGGGGAAUUCUGUGCCACACAUCCCUGGGAAGUUAUUGUAGCCACACUUACCCUUGCAGCAUGCAUGUUGACAGUGGAUCAACAACAUCCGGCACCACCCCCGAAGCCCACCCUCAGAUACUGCGCGGAGUGUCUGCAAGAGGCUGAAUAUAAUGCGGCUGACCUGAUUGUGAUGACAUUAAUACGCUGCUUGGCCGUCCUGUACUGUUAUUACCAGUUUUGUAAUUUGGAAAAAUUAGGAUCGAAAUAUAUUUUGGGAAUAGCCGGUUUAUUCACCGUUUUUUCGAGUUUCGUUUUUACAUCGACUGUCCUGAAUCUGUUGUGGAUCGAUGUAUCAGAUUUGAAGGAUGCACUGUUUUUCUUUCUCCUGCUGAUCGAUUUAUCGAAAGCGGCGAUGUUGGCUCAGUCAGCUUUAAGCGCUUCUAAUCAGGAAGAAGUUAAAAGCAACAUUGCACGAGGGAUGGCCGUUUUGGGACCAACAAUUACUUUAGAUACAAUCGUGGAAACUCUAGUCAUUGGCGUCGGGACCCUGUCAGGUGUUCAUCGCCUUGAAAUGCUUUCAUAUUUCGCAUGCCUUUCAGUUUUAGUUAAUUAUAUAGUUUUUAUGACAUUUUAUCCGGCCUGCUUAUCAUUAAUAUUAGAGUUGUCGCGAACAACAAAUAUUUAUGGUAAUAAGCAGUCGCUAAUCGCGCGGGCCCUAAAGGAGGAAGAUCACAAAUCAAACCCUGUGGUCCAGAGGGUUAAAUUGAUAAUGUCAGCAGGGCUGAUGCUAGUACAUGCUCGCAGUCGGUGGCCCUUUAAAGAGGAUGACGUGGAAAAUAUUAGACCUCUAGUCGUCGAGCAACACAUGACUUUAAAUCGCACGGAGGACACAACCUUGCAUGAAUAUAUUAUGAAAUGGGUCACUGUUAGUGCCGACCACAUUGUCAUUCUCAUCCUCCUUCUGGCCCUAGUAGUGAAAUUCGUAUUUUUCGAAAAUAAGGAAGAACUGGCCGAGCAACUCCGCGCUCACAUAUCCACGGAGAGUGUCGAUCCCGGAAAAAAGGACAAUCGAUUUAAAAUGCCCUUGAUCAAAACCCAGUCCUUCUUCCUAACUAACAAUACUAAAGAAGACUCGGCCUGCGAAGACAAAGAAGUACAAACAGACAUUGGACGCUUAGAGUCCGAAUUCGAGAAACUACCAGCGGGAAACGACGUGUCCGUGAAAACAUGCCGCAGCCUGGAGGAAUGUUUGAAAAUAUACAACGAUUCGAAUUUAGGCGGAGCGGCAUUGAGCGAUGAUGAAGUUAUUUUACUCGUUAAAAACAAACACAUCCCUGCCUACCAAAUAGAGAAGGCUGUCGAUGAUCCCGAACGCGGAGUGGGAAUACGGAGAAAAAUUUUGGCUCGUGAGGGAAAUUUUUCCGAGGCUCUCACAGAUUUGCCGUUCAGGAAUUACGAUUACGCCAAAGUAAUGGGCGCGUGUUGUGAAAACGUUAUCGGCUACAUGCCGGUGCCGGUUGGUUACGCGGGCCCUCUGAAUCUGGACGGGCGACAUGUUUACGUGCCCAUGGCCACCACCGAGGGGUGUUUGGUCGCAAGUACAAAUAGGGGCUGUCGGGCGCUUUUGGACUGUGGGGUCACCAGCAGGGUUGUAAGCGAUGGCAUGACUCGAGGGCCAGUCGUGCGGUUUCCCUCUAUAACGAAAGCCAGCGAAGCUAUGUCUUGGAUGAAAUGCUCACAAAACUUCGAAGCCAUGAAGCAACAAUUUGACUCAAGUAGCAGAUUUGCAAGACUGUCAAAAUUGUUAAUCAAAAUCGCAGGUCGGCACUUGUUCGUCCGCUUUGAAGCAAAGACGGGAGAUGCGAUGGGGAUGAACAUGGUAUCGAAAGGAACCGAAAUGUCCCUGAAGUAUGUCCAGAAACAGUUCCCCGAAAUGGAAAUUCUCAGUCUUAGUGGUAAUUUCUGCACGGACAAGAAGCCGGCAGCCGUCAAUUGGAUCGAAGGCAGAGGCAAGUCUGUCGUCUGCGAGGCGAUCAUUCCGUCUGAGAUUGUGAAAAAAGUAUUAAAGACAAGCACACCCGCCCUUGUCGACGUGAACAACUCGAAAAAUAUGAUCGGCUCGGCGGUCGCUGGCAGCAUAGGUGGGUUUAACGCUCACGCCGCUAAUAUAGUGACUGCGAUAUACAUAGCGACCGGUCAAGAUCCCGCACAAAACAUCGGCAGCAGUAACUGCAUGACUUUAAUGGAACCGUGGGGAGAAACGGGCGAAGACUUGUACGUGUCCUGCACAAUGCCAUCCAUAGAAAUUGGGACUGUUGGCGGCGGCACUGUUCUCCCCGCACAGUCCUCCUGCUUAGAGAUGUUACGAGUCAAGGGCUCGCACCCAGACUGUCCCGGGGAGAACGCAAGCCAGCUCGCACGGAUUGUCUGUGGCACCGUGCUAGCCGGAGAGCUGUCUCUCAUGGCUGCACUCACAGCGGGUCAUUUAGUCAGAAGUCACCUUAGACAUAAUAGGUCCACAACCACAAUACCUGAAGAAUUUAGUCAGAAUAGGUAUCACAUUCCUCCUUGUAAAGAUAUCUAAUUUAAAGUGAUGCUAGCUUAAGUGUACACAUUUUUGUACUUACGUUUAGUUAUUUAAUAAUAUUUGUAAGAACGCUAGGUUUGCACACGCAGGAUCCUCAGGUUGAGCGUAUUUAUUAUACUUGACUUUUCUUUCUUACAGAAACCUAUUUUAAAGUUGAUGUAAUUAUUGUAAAUACAUAUUUUAUAAGUGAA